CCUGUGUGUUGCUCAAGUAGACAGACGAGUAGACAGACGUGACAGACGUGUGUGUGUGUCAUCGUUCACUAGGACGGACCAUCCGAGGACAACGGGACCAACGGAUCCGGACCAACAGAACACCUUAUUCAUAAUGGCACAGGAAGCCAAAACCAGUGAGAUGGACACAGAACCAGCACCCACCUCUCAGGAGGCCCAGAGUGUGAUGUCUCGCGUGAGUAACCUGCCUCUGGUGAGCUCUGCGUGUGGUGUGGUGUCCAGUGCCUACAGCAGUACCAAGGACAGCGUGCCCCUCCUCAGAGGGGUUAUGGACGCAGCAGAGACCGGCAUCCGCACCCUGGGGUCGGCUGCCAGUACAGGGACCAAACCCUUACUGGACAAACUGGAGCCUCAGAUUUCCGUGGUGAAUGAAUAUGCCAUGAAAGGACUGGACAAGAUGGAGGAAAAACUUCCAAUCUUGCACCAACCAGCAGACAAGCUGGUGUGCGAGACGGUGGAGAAGGUUUACCACUCUGUGACAGGCGUGAAGGAUGCCGUGGUUGAGGCAGUUAUGGGUGGCGUGGAGAUGACCCGUACUGCCGUUAGUGGGGGCAUCAACACGGUCAUGGGGACCCGGGUGGGGCAGAAGGUGAGCAGCGGAGUGGACCUGGCUCUGAGCCGCUCUGAAGACUGGGUCGACCAGAACCUUCCCCUGACAGAGAAAGAACUCGCUUCUUUGGCAGAGCCUCUGCCAGAAGAGGAGGGCGGAUCUACCCAGAGCUCGGCCCUCAGCUACUUUGUACGCCUGGGUAAGCUCUCGACACGGGUCCGAGAGCGAGCUCUGGAGCAUUCCCUGGUCAAGGCCCGCAAAGCCCGGGAUGCCACACACAACGCUGUCGCCCAGCUCAGCAGCACCCUGGACCUUCUAGAGACUGCCCGUGCCACACUCACCACUGCCAACCAGCUAGGGGGCGCUCCGGAGCAGCUGCUGAAGAGGUGGACCGAGUGGAAGGAGAGACAGCGUAGUGAGGGGGAGGGCGAGGGGGACGAGGACAUGGGCGCAGAUGGGGCAAUAUAUCAGGGCAUGCUGGAGUUGCGUACUCUCUCCAUGGUGCGUGGACUCAGUGAGCAGCUGCGCUUAGCGUGUGCAGGUGUCGUGUCCAGUGCCCAGGGUCUCCCUGGAGCCGUGCAGGAGCAGUUGAAGAGCGCCAGGCACACGGCUGAGGAACUCCACGCCUCCCUGGGCAGCUCAAGCACCCUCACACCGCUGCUCCUCCAGAAGAGCCGCCAGCAGAUUGCCCAGGUGAGACAGUCUUUGGACGGAGUGACAGAUUAUCUACUGAACAACACUCCACUGAACUGGUUAGUGGGGCCAUUCUCUCCUCAGCGGACAGAAAGAGUGCCAACCCCAGAGCAACCCAGAGCAACCCCAGAGCAACCCAGAGCAACCUCAGAGCAACCCAGAGCAACCCCAGAGCAACCCCAGAGCAACCCCAGAGUAACCCCAGAGUAAGGCCACGCUGAGCCCCAUCAUCCACUCCUUCGUGUAAGGGGGACAGACGGAUGGAUGUGAACAAUGGUUUUAAUUGUAUUAUGAUUUGUAUUUAAAUUCUUUCAGUCACUGUUACAAUUAAUGCCAUGUCAGCAGAGAAAUCAUUAGUGGAACACUAGGAACACAGAGUGCCUUUUUAGCAGUGAAUCUAUAUUUUUUUUUAGCAUUUUCAGUAUUUUUAACUGACAGUACUGAAACUUUGAUUCAAGGUCAAAGUGGUGGAGUACCAAACCAACUCAACCUUUGCAACAUCAGCUGUUAUAUUCUUUGUUUCAGGAUUUAGAGUAACAUUUUUCAUAGUCAGUGUCAUAGAGUAACUAUACCUUUAAUUACAGUGUAAGAAAUCUCUAACAAGGUACAGCAUGGAAAACAGGUUGAGUGAGCAGAGUACAAAGUAUCAAACUGUUGUUAUACAUUGUAAUUCAGUAUCUUACACUGUAACUAAUGUAAUAGUGACUGUGUAAUGUAAAGUGUUACCAGAUUUUGUUAUUUAGCAAUUACAUUUUGGUAAUGUACUUUUGGUACCUGCAAUUUACUGUUUUACUAUCUCUGUAAAAUAUUGGUAAAGUAGCAUAACUUUAAAGUCUAAAACUACAGAUGCUGAAGAGAACCACAACUCUGUUAAGAUCCUAUUAAAACCAACAUGUCAUAAAUAAAUCUUUUUUUCCCCAAAUA